AUGGCCACCAUGGGCAGCCUCCAUGCUGUGGUGUUGGAAAAUGUCCGUGGCAUCCUGGAGAAGACGAAGCAGGGCCCGUCCUUCAUGGAUGUGGUGUUGGAGGAGGUCAGACGGGCUGUGCCGCACUUCGACUGGCAAGUCGCGGUGCUUCGUGCACAGGACUUCCGCUUGGCGCAAAAGAGAACAAGGGUGUUCUUGCGUGGUUUGCGGAGGUGCUUUGGGGAGGUUCCAAACCCCCUGGCACCCAUGGGCGAAAUGCCUCUUGAGGGGUUUCUGAAGCCAAACCUGCCUCCUGUCAACCGCAGCUCCGUGACAGCGUGCAUACGCCGCAACUUGAAGGACGCAGAGCGCGAGCUGUUGCAAAAGUGGGAUAGCGGUGAGCUGUCUGCCGAAGACAUCAUCUGCUUCCCAGCGGAUCGGGCGAGCGGAAAAACGUACGCCCGUGUUUACCAGAAGAACAUGGUCCCGACCCUCACCACCGCGGGUAUGUACCUGUUCUUGGUGUCGGUUGGCUGCCUGCGCAAGCCCGACGACAAAAGGCGGUACUUCAGGUUCUUGGAUUCCACGGAGAGGUUGACCCUCCAAGGAUUCAAGAAAGACGUGCUGGCAAGCAGCCCGGACUGCUUGCGCAGGAAGGCGGCCGGAAAUGCCUACCCUGUUCCGCUUGUGGCCGCGGUGCUUGCGCCAAUGCUGCAGCAGCUGUCCCAGCCCGACCUGCAAAGCGAGUUGGACCGCGCGCCGGAGAAGUCCUCUGUGAAAGCUGCCUUGGCUGCUCAGAGGUUCGAGGAGGCCCUCGCUUCCAGAAGCACAGCUGCAGCUGCGUGCAACCGUGAGGUGCAGGCCACGCGCAUGCAGCAGCAGCCCAAGAAAGCCUCGCAGACCAGAUCCGCUGCGGCUUCGAAGCCCCAGCCAAAGAAGAGGCGGGCAAACAAGUGGAUCAAGUCCAGCAGCUCUUCGUGA